GUAAGUGGAGGCUGGGCGGCUCCGACUGCCUGACGCCAGUGAGACCAGAUCAAUCCAGGCGCAGAGGCAGAGCGAGUGCGGGGCUGCCUGGCGGCUGGAACCGUAAGAGCAGCAGCAGCGCCUCUUCUUCCCGCUCCGCCGCCGAUUCUGGACUUCAGUUUGGGAGGCAAAGAUCACUUCUGUCAAGCUGGAAUGUUAGUUUCAGUUUCACAAGACUUCAGAAUCAGAAAGCCAAAGGGAACAGUAUAAAUUGUGGCAAACCAGUGGUGGCCAUUUACAAACAGGAUCUGCUGUGUCCAUUUUUCAGGCGACAAUCUUUCCUGUUUCUUCAGUAUCCAGUGUGCCUGAGUUGGUCACCAUGAAUGUGACAAGUUUAUUCUCCUUCACAAGCCCAGCGGUUAAGAGGCUGUUGGGAUGGAAGCAGGGGGAUGAAGAAGAAAAAUGGGCAGAGAAAGCUGUUGAUGCGUUAGUUAAAAAACUAAAGAAGAAAAAAGGUGCUAUGGAGGAACUGGAAAAAGCUUUGAGCUGUCCAGGUCAACCCAGCAACUGUGUGACAAUUCCUCGUUCCUUGGAUGGCAGGCUUCAGGUUUCACACCGGAAAGGGCUACCACAUGUAAUUUACUGUAGAGUGUGGCGCUGGCCAGACCUCCAGAGCCAUCAUGAACUGAAACCACUGGAAUGCUGUGAGUUUCCCUUUGGUUCAAAACAGAAGGAGGUUUGCAUCAAUCCCUACCACUACAAACGGGUGGAGAGUCCUGUUCUUCCUCCAGUGCUGGUUCCAAGACACAGUGAAUACAACCCUCAGCAUAGCCUCUUGGCUCAAUUCCGCAACUUGGGACAAAAUGAGCCUCACAUGCCACACAAUGCCACUUUCCCGGACUCUUUCCAGCAACCUAACAGUCAUCCAUUCCCCCACUCCCCCAAUAGUAGUUAUCCAAAUUCCCCUGGAAGCAGCAGUAGUACCUAUCCACACUCACCUGCUAGCUCGGACCCAGGAAGUCCUUUCCAGAUGCCAGCUGAUACUCCCCCUCCUGCUUACCUGCCUCCGGAAGAUCAGAUGACACAGGAUGGCUCACAGCCAAUGGACACCACCAUGAUGGCACCCUCAAUUCCCCAAGAAAUAAACAGAGGAGAUGUUCAGGCAGUUGCUUAUGAAGAGCCAAAACACUGGUGUUCUAUUGUCUAUUAUGAGCUGAACAAUCGUGUUGGGGAGGCAUUUCAUGCCUCCUCCACUAGCGUGUUGGUAGAUGGUUUUACUGAUCCUUCAAACAACAAGAACAGAUUUUGCCUUGGUCUGCUGUCUAAUGUUAACCGGAAUUCCACGAUUGAGAACACCAGGCGGCAUAUUGGCAAAGGCGUUCACCUUUAUUAUGUCGGGGGAGAAGUGUAUGCUGAAUGCCUUAGUGACAGCAGUAUUUUUGUUCAAAGUCGAAAUUGCAACUACCACCAUGGGUUCCAUCCAACCACAGUUUGUAAAAUUCCCAGUGGCUGCAGUUUGAAAAUUUUCAACAAUCAAGAGUUUGCUCAGCUUCUGGCUCAGUCAGUGAACCAUGGCUUUGAAACUGUGUAUGAGCUUACUAAGAUGUGCACUAUCCGUAUGAGUUUUGUAAAGGGCUGGGGAGCGGAAUAUCAUCGCCAGGAUGUAACGAGCACUCCAUGCUGGAUUGAAAUACACCUGCAUGGCCCCCUUCAGUGGCUGGAUAAAGUUCUUACUCAGAUGGGCUCACCUCAUAAUCCUAUUUCCUCUGUGUCUUAAAAGAUCCCAAGCUUCUACAGUUUGGAAACUAUUGAGCCUUGCAUGUACUUGAAGGAUGUAUGAGUCAGACACAUGUAUGAACUGGCAGUGGCUGAAUAAGAGCCUUGAUAAUACUUGACCUCUGUGACCAACUGUUGGAUUCAGGGAAAAAGUGCAAAAAAAAAAAAAAAAAAAAAAAA